CUACAAACAAACAUGGCGUAAAUUGAACAGUCCGAAAAACAAACGCAUUUUAGUGCGAUUCAGCUUUCUUCAGGCUUUAGGUUCUUAAUAACUUCUAAAAGAGGAAUUAAUAGUUUCCAAAAUUUGAACAGUUUUACGCCAUAUGUAGCAUAUGUAGACAAGAAUCGUUUGAAAUGUCAGGCUUGCAAAGGUGAAACAGCAGAAAUCAUAUAAUAGAAACACUUCAGAGCUAUGGAAGAUAUCGAUGAAGCUACUCCUCGCGGAAUUAUUCGCGGUGUUUUGAUAACAGAGAAUGUAAGUCAAAGUGCUCGAGCUUUGAGGUCAAAGGAAACGCUCAGUACAUCAAGUGUAAGAGAAACACCAACGAAUCCUCCGUCCCAUUCUGAAGUUGCAAGUCGGUUGCUCACUCGAUCUACUAGGAACAGGAAGAGAAAAGCUGCACCGGGUACUACUCCUUCAGACUCAACAACUCCUAGAACUUUGAUUGCUGGUUUUCUAGAAACGGCUCCAGUUGCCAAAAGUGUAGUGAAAGGGCAGAGACAAAAGGUCAUUGGGGGAGAAAGAAGAAGAUCAUCUCGCUUAUCAGUUCAAGCUGGGGGUAAUACCCCUAGAACAAUUAUUCAAAAUUUCUUGCGAGAAGCAUUAACAGAGACACCAGUUGAACCAGUAAUUCCAGAAUCUUCAGAUGAAGUAGAUCAAGAAGUACCACACCAGUUGAGUGAAAAAGAAAAACAGUCAUCUCUUUCAACAAGUGGUGUUGCUGAUGGUCACAUGUUUGCUACGACAAGUUCUCAUCCUGCAGAUCAUUCUACACAUGUAGAAGCAACAACUCCAAUGGUGUUGGACUCCUAUAUAGAAAUGGAUAGUGCUGCUGGGAUUAGCAGAAUAACUGAGGGAACACAACCAGAGGUUGAUUCUCUGCCAUUACUGGGAAGUCUGCAGGAAGACCUGGAAAGGACAGACAAUAGCAUGCAGACAUCUCGUCCAUGGAGAGAGCUGGUCACACCUCAGCUGCCUCUUAAUGUGUCUUUGCCAGGGAGUGAGAGGCUGGAACAGUCAAGAAAUAUUAAUGAAGAGAGUUCCAAAGGGAAAAGACCGCUGUUUCAAGGGAAACAUCCUAAAGGAAGGGAAGGAACUAAAGUUGCAAAGAAGCCCUUAGGCCCAAGAAUGCCACCUGCCCUUAUAAAGGGUAUUUUUCAGCAUUUUAGCCAAGCUAAAGUCUCAAAAGAGGCUCUUCAAGCUGUUGAAAAUGGGUCAAACCUGUUUUUCAAGCAAAUAUCGAGUGACCUGAUGGCUUACUGUAAGCAUGCUCACAGAUCAACCAUUGAGCUGGCUGAUGUGGAACUUCUCAUGAAAAGACAGGGAUUUAUAACUGACAAGCAGUCACUGUUCUCAUUGGUUGAAAAGUAUUUACCAUUGGAAUACAGACAGGAAAUUAUACCAACAGUCCAAGCAGGGAACAAGAUAGUUCCGUAAUGAGAUACAAAGGGUACUUUGGUCUGACAGGGCUUGAAUCAUGAAUGCAAAGUGGAAAUUUAGGGCUGCUAAUGGACAAUGAAAAUGAAGGGCUGUUUGUUGAUGUAAACUUUCUCACAAGUGGGGAGUCAUAAAUGGCCAGGCAUAGAAAAAGACCAAACAUUCAGUUAUAAACUUGUAGCUUGAUAUGUUCUUGCCUGAAAUGUAUGGAUGUACUAUAGAAGUUGACAGGAGAACACCCAUGAAUUUUGAAGCACCUUAAAGAAAUUAGGAAAACUUUUUAUGCUUCUUGUAAAAUAGCAUGUCUUUCAGUUUUCCAGUCCACAGAGAGAUCUAGGUAAUGUUUUCUUUAAUUUAAAUGGACAUUGUGGCUUUUUCAGGAUGAAAGUUGUGUGCCAGUGAAAGAUAUCCAGUUAGGAUGUCCAUCUUGUGCAAUCUAGGUCAGAGAUUGUUUCAUGUGAGACUACACACAAGGAAGAUAUUCUGAAAUGUAUUCUGGAUUUAAAAAAUGACAACAUGAGCCAGUGUUUCCAUGUUAUUAUGACACAGCAUUUGACUGAUGAGAGGAUCACUGGAAAACAAAUAUUUGAAACAAAAAAAAAAUGCUAACUCUACAGAAAAUAUAAACAUCUAUUCAUCCAGCUCUAAAUAACUGUCUUUUUUCUUACUUGUAUUUUAACAAGCUAAUUCAGGGUGGAUCUGCUCAAACUGCAUUUGUCAUUAGUGAUUGAAAAUAUUUUAUUAAAG